AUGGGUGUUUUUGGCUAUUUAACAUAUCGUAAUGUAAGUCAAUUACAAUUACGUAUUCAGCCAAUUCGUUAUCCUACUGAUAAUAAUAGAGGUAGUAUUAUAACUCAAAGUCGUGAGCGACAAUUAUUUUAUAUGGUACUUGGUGAAGCAUUCAUUCAUGUUAUAACUAUAUUAUUAUAUCCAUUUAUUCUAUUGGAAAUUUCUAUAACAACUUAUAUGGGUGAAAAACAUCGACGCUUUAUACCAUAUCAUUUAAUGGGUGUACGUCGAAAUAAAAUUCAAUCAUGGAAUGAGCCAUGUGAAUUACAACAGCUUUAUUCAUUAACUACUACAUACAUUGGUUUUCAUCGUACAGAUACUCUAGCAGCUGUUAAUAUGGCUUACACGGAUUUUCGUUUAAGCACAACUAGGUCGCAAAUGUUAGGUUUUGAUAUUUAUUUCGCUCGUUCAGUUUUUCAUACUCAGUUUAAAGCAAGACGAGAUGGUGCUGUCAUAUGCGAUGAAAUUCUUAUGAGUCGUGUACUUGAAAUAGAAAAUGUAUCAAAUACAAAUGCAUGGCAUCAGACUUUUGACACAAUAUAUUAUCGUCAUCCAAGACAACCAUUACGAGAUGAAUUUUGUAUUAAAAGUAAUGAGCAAAUAUUGAAAUGGGUUAUGCGCAUUGAACCUUCAUUUGAUAUUAAUGUAGAACGAUAUGCAUUGCACACAGAGUUUGUCGAUACUAAAUGUCGUUGUAUUUAA